AUGGAGAAGCUGAAAUCAGUAAUCCCUGAAGAGUUACGGCGGCGAAUCUCGGAGAGCAAGACCGAUGACCUCCGCUCAACGUGCUUUUCUCUCCUUAAUUUCUUCGAGACAUCGCACCUGUUUCACCAGAUGGUUAGAGACUUGACGAGCCCAGAAAUGGCUUUGUGCGGGAAGAGUAAAGAAGGUGCGAUGGAAGCCAAGGCCAAAGGCAAUGAGUGCUUUUCAAAAGGGGAUUAUUCAAGUGCUUUGCAUUUCUACUCACAGCAGGCUCUGCGUGUUGCACCAAAGGAUGUCAAGGAUAAGGAGAAAAAUCUGGUUGCUACAUUGUUCCUCAAUCGUGCAUCCUCAUUGCAUAAAUUGGGAUUAUUUCUGGAAAGUCUGCGUGACUGCAGCCGGGCUCUCAUAAUAUCCCCUGCAUAUGCGAAGGCAUGGUUCUGGCGAGCCAAGGCAAAUUCUUCAUUGGGCAACCUCAAAGAUGCUAUAGAUGAUUUGAAUGUAUCCCUUAGCGUGGAGACAUCCUCAAGUGGGAAAAGACAGAUAGAAAGUGAAUUAAAUAUGUUAAUGGGCCAAUCAAGGUUGAGAAGCAAGGCAGUAGAGAAUCCAAAUAAUGACAAUUCAGAUGAGAGACUUCAAAUGGAUCUCCAUUGUGUCUCCACUACAGCUAAAGGAAGGGGGAUGGCCGCAUCUACCGACAUUCCUUUGGCAUCUUUAAUUCACAAAGAAGAACCUUAUGCUGCGAUUCUGUUAAAGCACUGUCGGGAAACUCAUUGUGCUUUCUGCUUCAAUGAACUACCAGCAGAUACUGUGCCAUGUGUGUCUUGUUCAAUCCCACUGUACUGCAGCCUAAAAUGUCAAGUGCAAGCUGGGGACCAAUAUUUUUCAAAUUGUAAGAAAGACCAUGGAUCUCUACAAGACUUGCCUCAUGAUCUUGUGCGAUAUAUUAGAAACGUGACAUUACCUGACAUUUCAAGUUCAAACACCGAACGUGCUCCAGAACAUAGGCAUGAAUGCCGAGGCAUGCAUUGGUCUGCAGUUUUGCCAUCAGAUGUGGUUUUGGCGGGCCGUAUUCUGGUAAAGCAUAUGGAAGAACAAGGUUCUGGUGCUGCUCAUCCUAUAUUUCAUGGGGUUCUGAAUCUCUGUCAGAAUUAUGAACGACUUUCAGCUGAAACCAAAUUGGAGUAUCACAUUUACUCUAUAAUUCUGCGACACAGUCUUCAGCAAUUUUAUAGUUCUAAACUUUCUUCAGAGUUGGCCAUUGCACCAGAGAUUAUUUUGCUCCUCUCUAAAAUUAGGGUCAAUUCCAUGGCAAUUGUUCGUAUUAAAUGCUCAGAUGGACAGCAGCAUCCUGAUUGUGAUGCAACCAGUUCUGUGGAACAGGUCCAAGUGGCUCAAGCUGUAUAUUGUGGUGGUAGCUUAUUCAACCACUCUUGCCAGCCAAACGUCCAUGGAUAUUUCCUUUCACGUACCCUCUUUAUACGAGCAACUGAAAAUGUCGCCGCUGGAUCUGACCUGGAACUGUCCUAUGGCCCUCAGGUUGGGGAGUGGGAUUGCAGUGAGCGUCGGAAGUUUCUGGAAGAUCGAUACUCAUUUAUCUGUCAAUGUAAUGGCUGUGCACAAGUGAAUCUACCGGAUCUCUUCCACUCCGGCUACCGGUGUACUAAGCCAAAGUGCUUUGGAGUUGUCCUGGACAUUGGUGUUGCUGAAUAUGAGCUAGAGAAAUUCAAAUACUGUAAAGGAUUAAACUCUUUACAGGAGUGUGUGCUCAAUGACAACAAGUUUGGUGGAGUAGCCCGCCACAUGUUUGAGCAAAGUGAUUAUUGGCGGUGCUUUAAGCCAGGCCAUUGUUUGAGUUGUGGCUCUUUUUGUGAUAUACAAGCUUCGCAACGGAAAAUUACUGGAGGUGAUGUUUAUGUUCGAAGGUUGCAGGAUACGGUAGCUUCUGGAGAUCAAAUCACAACUAACUUAAUCACGGAUGCUCUGAAAUAUAUUGAUAUUUUAAAAGCAGUACUGCAUCCAUUCAACAAGAGAGUAGCUGAGGUGGAAGAUAAUAUUGCACAAGCAUUUUGUUUGGUUGGAGAACUUCGAGCUGCACUGGACCAUUGUCAGGCAUCAAUUGAAAUCUUGGAAAUGCUUUACGGUGAAAACCACAUUGUUGUUGGGAAUGAGUUGAUUAAACUAGCGUCCAUUCGGCAUUCCAUGGGUGACAAAAUGGAUGAAAAGGACACGAGUCGAAUGGUACAAAUAUUUUCUCGAUAUUACGGAUCUCACACAGACAUCAUUUUCCCACAUUUGCGGUACCUGAAGAGUGGAGCCCGCAGCUCCGUUUGA